AUCAUAAAUCUUGCGAACAAACUCAUUAUUUUUUUGUUUGUCGAAAUAACAUUAUUUAUUAGAAUUAAAUUAUGCCCGUCGAUCACAAAAGAAUAAAUGGACCAGAUGAAACAUACCCUUACAGUUUAUAUGCAAAAACAAAUAAACAGUCAUUGAAUGAAAAACAUGAAGACAUUAAAAGAACGGGACAAAGAUCAGAUUCUAGGACGUUUUUAGAACACAGAAAGAUUUUUAUUAAAACUGGAGUUGUAAGUCAAGCAAAAGGUUCUGCUUAUAUAGAAUUGGAGAAUACCAAAGUGAUAGUCUCCGUUUUUGACCCUAGAGAAAUUCCUAACAGACCAGAUUAUUCUCUCAAAGGUGAAAUAUAUUGUGAAUUUAAAUAUGCUCCUUUUAGUUGCAAUAAAAGGCGUUUGCACAUACAGGAUACUGAGGAGAAGCAAUAUAGUGCUAUUAUGAAACAAGCAUUGGAAUCAACAGUUUGUAGCCAUGAGUUUCCUAAUUUUCAAGUGGAUAUUUAUGCCAUGGUGUUACACAAUGAUGGUUCUUGUCUUAGUGCAGCUAUAACUGCUGCAGGUUUAGCUUUAGCCCAUGCAGGAGUUCCCAUGUAUGAUAUUAUAACUUCAGUAUCAUUGGGAAUUCAACAAGAUAAUCUAUUUAUUGAUCCAACAAAUGAGGAACAAAGUAUUUGUUUAUACCCAAGGACACUUGAUACAGAUCAUGGCAAUGUCAUUAUUUCCAAAUUGCAUAUGCAUAAUCAGAUAUCUCAGUUUUAUCAAUCUGGAAAUAUUUCUUUAGAAAAAAUUAAUGAAGCUAUUGGCAUUCUUGACAAAACUUGUGAAGAACUUGUUCCAGUCAUACAGAAAUAUUUAGUUAAACAUGUAAUUAGGAACUUAAAGGAUAGAGAGGCAAAAUAAAUAACUUGUUUUAUGUAUC